AUGCCAGCUUCAUUACGCAUCGAGAUAUUCCCCUCGAAUCUGCAACGGAUGAUUGACUUCUAUUCUACCAUUCUCAACUUUACCCUGAUCAAGCGGAAUGGUGGCUACGCCUAUCUUAGGCGUGACGACAUCUUUAUCGGUGCCAUCGAGACAGGCUCAAGUGAAACUCUGGAAGAGAAAACAAGCUACCGCCGCCCCAACAAAGGAGUUGAAAUAGUGGUUGAGUUGGAUGAGUUGGAGAAGGAGAGAGAUUUCAUUGUUGACAAGGGCUGGAAGCUGGAUGCCGAUAUCCAGUGGCAGGAAUGGGGACUAAAGGAUUUUCGAUUGACCGAUCCGGACGGGUAA